GGGAGAAAGGAGCAGUUUUGGUGACCACGGUUUACAUGACCGGGAGGAAGAAAAACGCAGCAGCAUUGGCGAAGUAGUGGGAGCAAGUGAUGCGGGAGAUCGGGCUGAAACGGAUCAACGCGAUCUGCACAGACAACGCUGAGGUCAACAAGAAGGCAGCGCAGAUCUUGGAGAGGCGAACAGACAGAGACAUUGCAAGGAUACCGUGGGUGCCUUGUGGAGCGCAUUGCUGCAGUCUGUUGUUGAAGGACCUAAGCAGUUUGCCUUGGGUGAAGGACGCGGUAAAGACGAUGAACACGAUCGUGAAGUUCAUCAGGAACCAUCAUGCCACGCACGGUCUCAUGAUAUCCAUCGAUGACUCCUUGUCAUUGCUGCGCCCGACAGAGGUUCGAUUUGGGUCGGUGUACCAGAUGCUGCACAGGCUGGCGGACAGGGCAGAAGUGUUAAAUGAGAUGGUGGACGGAGGUUCUGCAACAAAGUGGAGGGCAUUGAGAUGGUCGGGAGAAAAGCUGCAGAAAAAAGCCGACCUUGUCUACUACACUGUGCGGUCAGAGAAUUGGUGGGCAAGUCAGGAAAAUGGUGGCAAUUAUGGAGCCGGUGUACAACCUCCUGAAGAGGAUGGGCAGGGAAGGAGUUUCUCCCACCAACCUCGUGGAGUUCGACGAUCUCAUUGCAAGGAAGUUGGCAAACGUCGUACUCACGAAGAAGGAGAGGGAGGAUGUAAUGGACAAGGUCAAGGACCGCGUGCAGAUGAUGCGCAGAUCAGAGAGGAGUGGGAUUCAAAGCCGCACAUGGACAUGUGGGAUCAUGUCUACGAGUUUUUGAGAGAGCCUGUGGAAGGGGAAGUGAGGACGAAUGAACACAUGUGGACACCAGGUGCCAUCAAGCAAGCAACGCGACGUACACCUGCGGACUGGUGGACCUUGCACGAUGGGGAUGUUCCAGCUUUGCAGGAGAUCGCCAUCAACGUGUUUGGAAUGUGGAGCACGGCGACACCCGCGGAGCGGAACUGGGCGUCGAUGGACUUUGUCCAUUCGAAGCGCAGAAAUAGCCUCUCGUCGGAGUCCUUGGAGAAGCUGGUUUACAUUCACUGGAACAUGCAGUUGCUGCGUGUUCCAAAUAGCAAGGACAAUGGCUACGUUGAUGUUUGGGGAUCCUUCUUCCAGCCGUUGAUGGAUCCGGCAGCGGAAGAUGGAGCAAUCGAGGAGCCCACGGAGGAUGAGACAGCGGACAAUAUCGAGGAGGAAAAGAAGCAGAAGACACUGAAGAAGACUCCCCAAAACCGGAUUCCGAAGAGCCUGCUGGAUGACGACUCAAGUGGGAGUAGCGAUCUUGAGGAUCUGGUGUGGAAGGGGAAGUGUUGGAACGAGUCCACUUCCGAGGAGGGUGACAGUGAGGAUGACCUUGGGGAGGACUUAGAUUUUGAGUUGGGGAGCAAGCCGGCAGUGCCAGCCACUACGUACGUAGGUCAGAGGCUUGGGAGGCGAGAAAAGAAGGCGGAGGUGCUGCCUUCAGAGCCCAUCGACAGACUGGACACUGAUAUCGAGUUCUUGCCGCACCCUAUGCCUGAUGCAGACGAGGAGGAAGCAGCUCGGGCCAAGGCUAUGGCAGACCGGGAUGCCGCUUUGGUUCAGAGGCAGAUGUGUGAGGAGGAGGCUCGCCGUGCUGCUGUCCCCACCCGGAGGGAGAGAGAGAGACAGAGCAAACAGGUCAGCCAGCAUGAGCAGCAGCAUAGUGAGGAAAAGGAUGAGAGGGUGGACAACAUGGAGGUCGAUGACGCGGCCGUGCGUGCAGAAAAUGAAGGGUGUUUGCAGCAUGCGGGAGUGGAUAUUGAAGCAGUUGGAGAAAAAAAUGUGCAGCAAGAAGAGGAAAAAAGUUCGCCGCGAGAGGGAGAUGAUACGGAGGAUGUGGACAAAACUCAGCACCAAGGGGGAGAGGAAGUGCAGGAACCAGCCCCACCCACGGUUUACACACGAAGACCCCGCCCAUCGGCACCGCACCAGCCUGAACCGCAAGAGCCACGGGAGGACCAGCAGGCCGUGGUUGCGGAGCAGCCAGAAACACUCGGAUCAACAGUGCGUGUGCGGUCUCCGAGGAGCAGCAGUCCACUCCGGAAGACCCCCCUACCCAACACAAAAUGAGGAUGCCCGACACGACAACAUCUGGAAAAGCAGGGCGGGGCGAAAGAGGAAGGCUUCGGUGAAUGACGUCCCCGCACCUGACAAAC